GAAAGUUGUUUUAAACCUUUGCUCUGCAAGCACCAGCAGAGAACUCAGAAAAAGGAAGACAACAGCAGAUGCAAUCACGGAUGUGGCUUAGUCCUUGCAGCUGCCCCAGAGAACUGUUCAGAGUGUACCAUCCACAGUAAUGAAUCCAGAAGAGCGAAUCGUGACAUGGCUUAUAUCUUUGGGAGUUUUAGAUUCCCCAAAAAAGACCAUCUGUGAUCCGGAGGAGUUCUUGAAGUCCUCGCUGAAAAAUGGGGUAGUGCUAUGCAAACUGAUCAACAGACUUAUGCCUGGCUCAGUGGAAAAGUAUUGUCUGGAGCCCCAAAAUGAAGCCAGCUGCAUCAGUAACAUCAAUGGCUUCCUGAAAGGAUGUGCGACCCUCCAAGUGGAGGUAUUUGAUCCUGAUGACCUUUAUUCAGGGGUUAAUUUCUCCAAGGUUCUGAGUACUCUUUUAGCUGUCAACAAAGCAACAGAAGAUCAGCUCUCAGAAAGACCAUGUGGACGUUCCUCUUCUCUUAGUGCUGCUAACAGUUCUCAGACAAACCCACAGGGAGCAGUUUCUAGCACAGCUCCAGGGCUGCAAAAGCAGGCAAAGACAGUGGAGAUGACGGAAAAUGGAAGUCACCAGUUGAUAGUGAAGGCAAGAUUCAACUUUAAGCAGACUAAUGAAGAUGAGCUGUCAGUCUGUAAAGGGGACAUCAUUUAUGUCACUCGAGUUGAAGAAGGAGGCUGGUGGGAAGGCACAUUAAAUGGGAGAACAGGCUGGUUCCCUAGUAAUUAUGUCCGAGAAAUUAAAUCCAGUGAGAGACCUCUCUCUCCCAAGGCUGUCAAAGGAUUUGAAACUGCUCCACUUACCAAGAAUUAUUAUACUGUGGUGUUACAGAACAUCUUGGACACUGAAAGAGAAUAUGCUAAAGAACUUCAAUCUCUUCUUGUUACUUACUUGAGACCCUUGCAAUCCAAUAACAAUCUGAGUUCUGUGGAGUUUACAUCUUUACUGGGAAACUUCGAGGAAGUAUGUACAUUUCAACAAACACUCUGUCAAGCCUUGGAAGAAUGUUCAAAAUUUCCAGAAAAUCAACACAAAGUAGGAGGUUGUCUGCUGAAUCUCAUGCCUCAUUUUAAAUCUAUGUAUCUGGCUUAUUGUGCAAAUCAUCCUUCAGCUGUAAACGUGCUUACCCAGCACAGUGAUGAUCUGGAACAAUUUAUGGAAAAUCAAGGUGCAUCCAGCCCAGGUAUCCUUAUUUUAACCACAAGCCUCAGCAAGCCAUUUAUGCGACUAGAAAAGUAUGUUACUCUUUUACAAGAGCUGGAACGACAUAUGGAGGAUACUCAUCCAGAUCAUCAGGAUAUUCUGAAAGCAAUCGUAGCAUUCAAAAUGCUCAUGGGACAGUGCCAAGAUCUGAGAAAGAGAAAACAGCUGGAGUUACAGAUACUUUCAGAACCUAUUCAGGCAUGGGAAGGGGAAGAUAUUAAAACCUUGGGAAAUGUGAUUUUUAUGUCACAAGUAAUGGUGCAGUAUGGAACAUGUGAGGAAAAAGAGGAGCGAUACCUUAUGUUAUUUUCAAAUGUCUUGCUAAUGUUGUCUGCAAGUCCUCGGAUGAGUGGCUUUAUCUAUCAGGGAAAAAUACCAAUACCAGGAAUGGUGGUGACUAGAUUAGAUGAAAUUGAAGGGAAUGACUGCACAUUUGAAAUCACAGGUAACAUAGUAGAGAGAGUUGUGGUCCAUUGCAACAAUAGCCAGGACUUCCAGGAAUGGCUGGAGCACCUGUCCAGACUGACUAAAGGACCUGCCUCUGGUGGUUCAUUAUCCAAAACAUCAUCAUCGUCAUGUAGUGCUCAUUCCUCUUUUAGCUCUACUGGACAGCCCCGAGGACCCUUGGAGCCUCCUCAAAUUAUAAAACCGUGGAGUUUAAGUUGUCUACGACCUGCACCUCCACUUAGACCAUCAGCAGCCCUAGGUUAUAAAGAGAGGAUGUCUUAUAUCUUAAAGGAGUCCAGUAAAAGCCCCAAAACAAUGAAGAAGUUUCUUCAUAAAAGAAAGACUGAGAGAAAACCAUCAGAGGAGGAAUAUGUAAUUAGAAAAAGUACAGCUGCUCUGGAAGAAGAUGCGCAGAUUCUUAAGGUGAUCGAAGCCUACUGCACCAGCGCCAAUUUUCAACAAGGUGCUCGCAAAGAUUCUGUUCCACAAGUCUUACUCCCUGAGGAAGAGAAACUCAUCAUUGAAGAAACCAGAAGCAAUGGCCAGACCAUAAUUGAAGAAAAAAGCCUCGUUGAUACUGUUUAUGCCUUGAAGGAUGAAGUCAAAGAACUGAAGCAGGAGAAUAAAAGAAUGAAGCAGUGCCUGGAAGAAGAAUUGAAGUCAAGAAGGGAUCUAGAAAAACUGGUCCGGAGGCUGUUGAAGCAAACAGAUGAGUGCAUUCGAGCUGAAUCCAGUAGCAAGACCCCGAUUCUUCCAUAACCAUCACUGUGCGGCUGGGCAUUGUGCUUUUGGUGCAUCUUCAAUGUCUGGCUGAAUGAUUUGACUCAUUUUGCUCACUUCUAUGGCUUCUGUUUUGUGUUUGAGUCUCUCUCUGUGUGUAUAUGUGUGAAUGUGCUCAGGUAUAUGUGUGUGUGAUUCUGUGUGUUUGGGUGUUUGCCGUUGAUCGAUUAUUGAUUGAUUGGUUUUUCUUUUCAAUGGGAAAAAGCAGAAGGUGGUGGUAGAAGUGACCCCAGCAUCUUCUUCUUUCAAUAAGAAGAGAAAAGCUAAUGUAGGCAAAUGGCUUCAGUGUUCUUCAGAUGGCCUUCAUUUCGCAGUGCCUCUGCAAUAGCCAUUGCCCUCUGGUCAUGCUUGUUGGGUUGACUGUUUUCAUAAAGUAGCUGGCCAUGGAGUAAUAAUUAUGAACCCAAGUUUCCCUCUUCACUUCCUGUGCUCAGCUGCUCCUCAGUACCUGAUUUACUGAAGGCAAUCUUCCUGAGCUAUGAGUAGAGUAGGGAUCUACCCGACUAUUCCUAGACUGUCACAUGCCACCCUUCAAUCACACCAUUUAAAACUAUUGCCCUAUGUUGUCUACAAGACCAAGAAAACUAUAGUACCCUGAUAUUUUUUGUGCUGGUGUACAUUUUAACUAGGUGGAGCAGAAGCUCUGGUCAUUCAUGCCAACACCAAAUCCAGCAGCAAAUUACAUUAGGCAAUCCUCCUUCAACUGCAGUGUUGACCAGCUCUUCCUAGUGCAUGAUGGGGUUACCUCCUCCAAGCCUUCUGCCUAGUGUGUAAGUUCUAUAUUUCUCCUGUGCUUUUAGCCAACCAUAUUGAGUGCUGUGUAAACUAGUAUGUAUGUGCUUUGCUUACUUUUUAAAAAAAUGAACUUAGAAUGUGAGUGGUUAUUUGACAUUGCAUAUUCAAACUGCAACCUCUCAUUCUUUGAAAGAAUCUACAUUGAGAAGAUAUUGUGCCCUAAUAGACAUGUCACUCACUUUAUUGCUUUCCCCUUUACACCAUGAGAAGUUGUAAUAAUAAUUAGCCUCUUUUGAGUAGGACUGUAAGAAUUAUUUGCAGAAAUGUGAAGUUGGUCCAGUUUGUAUAUCCAGAAUGAAAGGGCUCCUCUAGUAGCUCUGUUGGUUCCUAGUGAUGCUGAUUAUUUGAAACUGAUUUACUCAAGUUACUUAUUGAAUCAGACCAUUGAUUUUGUAAGUAUCCCAGAAAUUAGAAUUGUGAGAAACCAGGUUUAGAUGAGAGUCACAAAAGAACAGUGCACAUCCAAAUUCAGCUCAAUUCAAUGUCUAUCCAAGACUAUAAGACAGAGUAAUACAGCCCACUCCUCCUUCCCACCUAGACAGGGGACAUUUGGACAGAUGGGGACCGUUACUGGAAAGAAAGGCAAACGGUCAAUAGGCUGAUAAAAGUUGUCCUGCACAGAUACAUUUGAUGAAUUCCUAAUAAAUGUGCAAUUUGCAAAUGUUUAAAAAUCAAACUUGGAACUUGAAUCCCUCAGCUUGCUGAGGAGCCCUUUUGCUUUCUGGCACUGAGAGUCUCAGGGUUCCAUAGCUUUAUGGUACAGGGCUUCUGUGUGCCUGCUGCAUGGCAGAAAUUACAGCAUCCACAAUCCAACAUCAGCCAAUCACACACAGGCAUCUUCGGAAGGUGAAUAGUGAAUAUUUCUAAGAAUGGUUGUUGUUCGGUUUUUAAGCACAGAAGUUUAGAUAUGACAUCUUUCACCUCAAAAUUAAAACAAUAACAACACAGAUCUUCACAUCUGCCCUGUCUGCAUUAGUUAAUGGCUUGCAAUAAAUGUGCAAAGUAUAUCCAUAGGAAACGUUUUUGUGAUUAUAAAAUAUUUUAGUUGAUUGCUUAAGAUAUUGAAAGAUCUUUAUUUUAAAGUGAUAUGUACAUAUGCAUGUUUUGGGGACUUGGCCCUUCUGAUGAGAGGCCCUUGGUACUCUGGGUAAUGAAGCUUGUGCAGAGAGCUGUCCGUGUUCAUACACUAAACAAUAAUAUAAAGGAAAUGAAGCCAUGUUAACCCGAGAGAAGUGUCUUCAUAGCUGUGUUGUUUACAAUACUCUAUAAAUGGGUUCUUGUUCCUCUGUAACUAAACUGCUGCCUUUAGAGGCCUCUCAGUUUCUUCUCUGUCAUGUCCCUUCUUACACAAGCGCAAAUUUUCUAACUUGUUUUUAGUUUAAAAACUUUUAAAAUUGACAUUUUCCAUAAAGAAGAAUAAACAGUGCUUUAUAACAUAA